UUGUUGAACCACGACUCAGAAGAUCGCACUGCUGUCACCAUCAUCUCUUCAACAGGCUCCUUGCACAAAUCCAUCAUUUGACAGAACCAAAGCAGAAUCGACUCAGCUACUCUGCAUCACACGCAAAUAGUUUGACGCGUUAAAGAAGCCUAGCUAGAGUAUUGGAUUAUCCGCUCGGUGGCUCAUCAUGUGGUCUCCUUUCGCUAGAGUGACAGUCGUUGCUGUGCUGGCUCUUUCCUCCUCUGUGACAAAUGGAUUCUCCCUCCAAAGGUCCUCGUCAGCGUCAUCUUGUACCCUGCUUCGUGCUGCUUCCAGCGCGUCAUCGACACGGUUUUGUCGGGCCAAAGAGUUGAUCAAGGAACUUGUGGAAGAUUCAAAAUGUUUUUCUUCCGAAUCUGGGGCCAAGGCAUUUGGCGAAGCGUGCGCAACCGAUAUAGUUUAUGAGGAUUGCUAUGAACCCCAACCCAUAGUGGGGCAGUUGGAUGUAACCAACCACAUGCUGGACAAGGUAGCGCAACGCCAGGGCCGAGGCGAUGUACGGUUGGACAAGAUUAGUGAUGGAGAUAUGGCUUGUGGCUUUGCUUGGACAUGGAUCAGUGGAAAUGAAGAAGGGCUGCGAGGUACCACAUUCAUUCAAUUGAACGAUGCCGGAAAAAUUCAGUAUGUGCGAGAAAUUCCAGAGCCACUCUACAAACCGGGAAAUUUGACACUCGAAUUGCUGCGAGCAGUCACGGCAGAUGCAGAACCAAAACCACCCAAAGAAUACGAACAACAAACACCGACAGUUGCCAAUGAAGUGGCCAAGUACCUAUUCUUGGAAGUCCAAGGAUCCAGUGUUGACGAAUCCAUGCGCAUGUUCGACGACAAAAUCAAGUACCGUGAUUUUAACUACGAAGAAAUACUGAGCGGGCUCGAGGAAGUUCGAGGUUUUAUUGCAGAUUUCAGCUUUCCAGGCAUUGAAUUCAGGCCCGAGCGCUUCGAUGAUGGCGUGGAUAGCACUUGUUUUACCUGGGAAGUGGUUUUGGAAGGGGCACCAGAUACCAUAAAGGGAAUUUCCUUCUAUGAACUGAGCCCCGAAUCUAGAAAGAUUGUCUACGUUCGAGAUGUCCCAGAAAGCGCAAUAAAGCCGCCAAUUCUGGGCAAAUUGGCCAGGCAAAGCCGUCCAGGUCUUGGCGUUUUUCAAGGUGUCCCGAAGGGAAGCAGGCCGGGUGGAAUGUGAAACAAUCCAUGGAAUAGAGCGUCGAGUUGGAUUCUUGCUGGAUCGACGAAGAGCUCGUUAUUGACAAUGCAGAGGUGGCUGCAAUGACUGCAGCCUACAUAUAAUAGUGUCUUAAAAACACGGGAGCUAGAUUGUGCUUUAACGUUGGAUGGACCCACCCAGUGCCUCCAACCAACCAAAUCUGCAGUAGGUGGAAUGAUUUUUAUUAGAACUACGUUUCAUUU